GUGAAUGCAGCAAAGAGGGAUGCCUUUUUCCGGGCUGGAGGUGAUGGUCCUGCAGCAAAGUUUAAUACUGCAAAUCGCUACGGUGGAGGCGUUGAUCGGGAGCGCUUGAAUAGGAAAGAGGACAGCAGCAAGAAGGAAAGAGAGCGAGAUCGCAAAUAUGGUGCUGAGAUACGUAAAGAUCUUGAGGGAUAUGUCGGGUUUGCCAAUUUACCAAACCAGGUGUAUCGCAAAUCUGUCAAGCGUGGAUUUGACUUCACACUGAUGGUUGUAGGUGAGUCUGGGCUGGGCAAGUCGACCCUCAUCAACUCCUUGUUUCUCACUGACCUCUACAGUGCUGAGUAUCCAGGCCCAUCACACAGAAUACAGAAAACUGUCAAGGUUGACACAACUCAAGUGACAUUGAAAGAGGGCGGAGUCCAGCUGAGACUGACUGUUGUUGAUACACCAGGCUUUGGGGAUGCUGUAGACAAUAGUAACUGCUGGACACCUGUCAUUGACUUUAUUGAUAGAAAGUAUGAUGAGUACUUGAAUGCCGAGUCCAGAGUCAACCGCAGCUCAGGUGCAGACACAAGAGUUCAUUGUUGUCUCUACUUCAUUACACCCACAGGUCACGGACUCAAGCCAUUGGAUGUAGAGUUUAUGAAAAGGUUACAUGACAAGGUGAACAUCAUUCCACUGAUUGCCAAGGCAGACACUUUGUCACCUGAUGAGUGCCGCGAGUUCAAGAAGACAAUUCUGAAUGAGAUAGCCCAGCACAAGAUCAGAAUUUAUGAGUUCCCAGACUGUGAUGAUGAGGAGGAGAUGAAAGUACAGAAGAAGUUGAGGGAUCGUGUUCCAUUUGCUGUAGUUGGCAGCAACAGAAUUAUUGAAGUUGGAGGAAAACGAGUCAGAGGUCGCCAGUAUCCAUGGGGCAUUGUGGAAGUGGAGAACUUGGAACACAAUGAUUUUAUUGCCCUUAGAAACAUGGUCAUCAGAACUCACAUGCAGGACCUGAAGGAUGUCACAAACAAUGUUCACUAUGAGAACUUCAGGUACAACAAACUGGCUCCUACAAAUGCUGAGGGAAAAAUCAAGCCAGGAUCUCUGACACAAGACCCGAUGUCACAGAUGGCUGAAGAACGACAAGAACAUAAUGCCAAGAUGAAGAAGAUGGAAGCUGAGAUGGAGCAAGUGUUUGAGAUGAAGGUCAAGGAAAAACGCCAGAAACUCAAAGAUUCUGAGGCCGAUCUUCAAAAACGCUCGGAGCAGAUGAAGAAGAGUUUGGAGCAACAGCAGAAGGAGCUGGAUGACAAGUGGAAAGAGUUUGAGAAAGAGAAAGCUGCCUGGGAGGAGCAGUGGGGAGAGAGGAGGCGCUCAUUAGAGAAUCAGAAAGAUAAGAAAUCCAAGAAAGGCUUGUUCUAG